ACGGCCUUUGCGACGCAACGUCGCGCGCGCCGGGUGUGUACACUGUGAUACCUGACGAUAACAAGCGUGCUCGUUGACGGAACCAACCGUUUCUGCUGCGCGGCUUACAUAGCAAAAGUUUACCUUGAAGUCAAUGGAAAGGGGACCUUGGGAGAUUGUUACGAGCGCUAUUUUCGACCUCUUCGCGGGAAUCAGCAAAUGAUAUCGCCCAUUUGACAAAGUAGCCGAUAAAAUUCCCUUCGGUGUAGCGUUGCGUUUUCCAUGAAUACGUUACCGUCCGAUGAAUACAUCAACGUUAAAGUCGCGCGUUUGUUUUUUCUACAGGCGUAUUUCCAAUCAUUUUACUCGCCGCGCUGAAACAACUGUAUUUUUUUUCGACUCUUGUAAAAAUUGUCGAGAUUAAAAGCGGGGAAUUCUUCUCUCAUUGCUCGCGGUUAGCGGAUUUAAAUAUUCCGCUGCGCACGGUAAAUAUGCGUAUACGUAUAUAGUAUCGAUUGAGCACUUGGACGAGCUUAUAUAACGCGGUGUAAACAACAUGUGGAUAUUUAUACGUGCAAGCUAAACAAUUUGCUGACCUGAGCGACAGCGAUUUAUGACGAGGCAGCGCGCUUCAUUGGUAUCCGAUAGCCAUUAACGCGUGUAAUUAGCAGAGACAAAAAAGACGACACGGGAAAUGCGUCGCACCGCUCGGUGCGGAAUUGGCGUGUUUAUUCGCUGCGCGUUUUCCAGAAUUGACGCGGUCGCGCGAGGCGGAAUCGGAGAAUCGCCUGGAUCUACCUCGCGCACUUUAGAUCUCAUCUCGCGAAAGCAGCUUCCCCGCGCAACAAACACUCGCCCGUGUGCUUGUGUUUGCGCACGCUCGCGCGCGCGCGCUCGCGUUUUAUUUAUGCGCGAGGCAACUUGAGCAGCCUUUAUUGCGUUGUUUAAGAUUCUUCAGAUAUGCAGAGCACGCGCGAGGCGAAUCAAAACUUGGACUGUGCACGAAAUAAUUAAUUAUUAUUGCGCGCCGUUAUCAGUCCCAUUGCGAGCCAUGAAUGAUGUAUCACCCGUGAUACGUGGCGAUGCAGUGGAAUAAAGCGGCUGAUAAAGCAUAAAUAAGACUUUCGCGAAGUCGCCUUGAGAAUUAUGCCUGAUAACGCCUUGACGCGCACUUUGCGGGAUGAAGGAGGACAGGAAGCGGCUUGAAAUAGGCGCCAAGUGGUUAAACAAAAGGCAAGAUCAACAGCGGAGCGAGGAAAACAGUUUCCCAGGAUUCUCCAGGAAUCUUAGAAAAGUGGAUUCGAGCGAGUGUUGCGUACGUAGAAAGCCGAAGCACCGAAGAACACGGCCGCAUGAUCUUCCGAGAUGCGUGAGAACUGGAUCGGUUCAUGCGGAAGGGAGAUUCAAGGAUUCCCCUUGCUUCGAGCGCAAUCGUGAGGAUCAACGUGAGUGUCGAUCAUUCCAGAAGGGAAAAAUGUGCGUUCGAUCAAGGAAACGUCGAAACGUGCAUCGGUGCACAGAAAAUAAUGGGAAAACGUCGCAGAUAUACAGCAGACAAAUUGAACAUUCGAACAGUUACGACAAGUCGGAGGAUUCUUUGAACAAGAAGACCAGCACGUGCGCAGACGUGAAAGCAGACAAAAGCGAAUAUCGUAUUUGUAAAAGUCUCGAGGUGAAAAUUGGCGACAUCAAGAAUUAAAAAUAAAUGUGGAGUAUGAAAAUCAAAUAAAAGUAUCGGACGGCAUCGAAGAUGCAUCGAGCGUUUUUCUCAACAAAUUAAUACCAAAAUUAAUUAAAUAAAAAAAGACAUAUCUCUGUGAUAAUCCGUGUACGUUGAGGGAAAGCUUGUUCCUACAAUUGUUCCAUUCGUACAAGUGUUUGUCAAAUAAACCUAAACGCAACAAAUAAGAUAAAUGUUAGGUAUCUCGUUAGCUGUACAUGAUUUUACAUUUAUAAAAUUUAUCCCUUCGAUCUUUAUUUUAAAAUUUCUCCCUUUUUUUCUCUCCAUGUAGCAAGUUUAUGUCGUUAAUUUAUUAAUCUGUCGUGGCAAUUUGUUAAGAAGCAGUGGCGGCGACGGAAGCCUCGAAAUUCUGCUCAUUAUGAUCACGCCUCUUAUCCGUCGUAUCUUUCUGGAUGACAAUUUCCUUAAAAGGAGCUCGUGUUGAAUUAAUAUCGGAAUCUGCGUCGACAAUCUGCAUAACUCUCUGGACUGUUGAAAACUCCAUCACGACCGUCGACUUUGUGUCAUUUAUUGUUUGAGAAGCCUCUGACAUUUUGACGUUUUUAUUGAAUUUUAUUAUUUCCAGCUCAUCCCUGAAAUGAACGUUCAGUGUACAACAAAUUAUAGUAAUAUUAUAAAUAU